AUGGCUCAUUCUAGAAGAAAGACCUUUGCUCACCAUCAGGUAGGGGGGAACGAGUCAAUACCAGAGGAGAGUGAGAGUGAGAGUGUAAGUGCGAGAAUAGGCGAUCCGAUUGACGAUACUUUCGAUUUCACUGACGAGGUGGUUCUGUGUGUCGAAGUCAGUGGAGCUAAAUUAGGUUGUAGUCUUUUGGUAUCUCAUAUCAAGACUCUGAAAGUUCUAAAUCAAGACUAUAAGUUAAAUGUCGAGGCUAGUCUAAACAGGUCAAACGACGGCAUUGUAGAGGGUAGGUUUGCUGAUGAAAUCAACUCUAUUUUAGAAUCGCUCCUUUUAGAGAACAAUCCGACUCUAUGUUUGGUAUCUAGUCGAUUAGAUGAAUGCUGCUACAGCUUUCUAAGGGGAAAAUGUGAACGGCUACAUUGCAAACUAAGUAUCCAAUCAAUUGAGACCUUCAAAAGCGUAGAAGAAUUGAAGUUAUUACGAUUAGCCACAUUUGCUGAUCAAUCCUUACUCAGUGAUUUAUUAUUAAAUUCUAAAAGUACAACACAUUGUACAACAAAAACAGCUGCUUGUAUUGUAAAUAUCUACAAACAAUGUACAAACUAUAAUGACGUUGAUUUGAACAGGAAUAGGUCUGUUGUUAUCGGAAGGUCAGACGAUUCUGAUAGUUUAAUCAAUCACGUUAAACAGCUUGAUUUGAACGAAAGGAUGUUUAUCGAUGAGGAUACACUCUCGUCAUUGUUAAUAUUUCCAACAUUGAAGAAGACUGGCCAGGAUAAAAUGAUUGAAGAUGGCUGCUUUAGUAUUUAUGAUCUUUUGAAUCAUACUUCCUCAAAUCUCAGUAGGAAAAUAUUGAAAUCAUGGCUGGCAUCUCCCUUGGUUGAUAUAAAAAAGAUUCAAAGAAGACAGAAUAUGGUGAAAGCAUUACUGGAUACCAAUAAUGCUUUAUUAUAUGAGGAUUUGAGGAGAGUAAUAAAGAAGCUACCUGACAUGUUUAUUGCAAGUAAUCAACUUCAAAAUGGCAGGGCGUCUGUUAGAACGUGGCUAAACGUUUAUGAAUUCGUAAAGACAAGCAUUGCAGUUUAUAAAAUAAUUAGUGCACUGAAAACUGAUAGAAAUGAUAGUUUGAUCGUUGAUAUCAAAUCUCAAGUGGACUUCAAAGUUUUGAAGGUUUUACAGAAAAAAUUGAGCAGUAUUAUUGAUAUUGAAAAUUCAAGAGAAUCUAAAAGCUUAGUUAUUCAAGAAGGUGUAGACGAGCGACUUGAUGAAUGCAGGCGCAUCUACAAUAAAUUAGAAACAACUCUAAGCGAUGUUGCUGUAAAUGCUGAAAUGCUUGUCUGUGAGGUUCAACAGAGGCAUAGUAAUUCAAAGAGCGCAAUUGAAGAAGGCAUCAUAAAUGCCAUAUACAUCCCACAAUUAGGAUACCUGGUAUCUAUCGGUCAAUCGUUAGCGCUUAAUCUUGAGAUUUUAAGUGAUUUUGGUUGGAGAGAAGAAUUUAGAACGGAUACACAUGUCUACUUCAAAAAUGACGAUGUUUUGAAAUUAGAUGAAAAAUUUGGUGACAUUUAUACUGUCAUCUCUGACCUUGAGAUAGAGGUUUUAUAUUCCUUGCAGAAAGAAGUAUUAGAAGAGACAAUUCUUUUACAAAAAUGCAACAAGUUAUUUGCUGAACUUGACGUCUUAGCUUCAUUCGCCCAAGUAUCGUUUAUCAGAGGGUAUACUGAACCGGAACUUAUACUUGAACAAUGUUCAAUAGAAAUAAAAGGUGGUAGGCACCCAAUUUACGAGACACUUGUUGAUAGUUACAUACCAAAUGACUUCAAAUCCAUAGGUGGAAAUUUUGAUGACGAAUUUUGGGUAUCAAAGGUGGGACUAGAUCGUGUAACAGUUCUUACUGGCCCAAAUAGUUCAGGAAAAUCUGUUUUUCUGACACAAGUAGGAUUAAUUGUUUUUUUGGCACAGAUUGGCUGUUUUGUACCUGCUCAAAAGGCUAGGAUUGGUAUAGUAGAUAAACUUUUAUCUAGAAUCCGCACACAGGAAUCACUUACCAAAGAACAUAGCUCUUUCGAACUUGAUUCAUUACAAAUGGCCAAGUGUCUUAAUUUGGGGACGGCUAAAAGCCUUAUUUUAAUAGACGAAUUUGGUAAAGGGACUGAUGUAAUUGAUGGACCAUCACUUUUUGGUGCCAUAGUAAAGACGAUUGUAAGGGAACCGUACUGUCCCAGAGUCAUUGCAUGUACACAUUUCCAUGAAUUAUUCAAAGAGGAGAUACUUACAACAAGCAUUCCUGGGAUUCAAUAUUAUAAGACGGAAAUUAUUCUCAACGAAAGCGGUCAUGUCUCAGAAGCAUCUGUCACUGAAAAUGUCGGGAUAACCUUCUUAUAUAAAGUUAAGGAAGGGCGGUCUACAAAGUCUUUUGGAGUCUAUUGCGCGAAAAUUUGUGGUGUUAAGAGUGAAAUAGUCGAAAGAGCCGCUGAACUUUCCCGCUUGCUCGACGAAGGACGAAACAUGACUGAAGCUUGUGGUACCAUUACAGAAGAUGAACUUCAUUCCUUCAAAAUGAAUCAAAAGAUCGCUAAGUCUUUCUUGGAAUGGGAUCUUGAUUUGGAAACAAAUGCUUCAGAUGAUGAUUUAAAGAAUAAACUUCGAAAUAUUCUCACCGGAAAUAGUUUAUGA